CCCAUACUCCCCUUUUAUACAGAGGCGGCCAUCUUGUUUAUUUUUGUUGAGGGACGAGUGCAACACAGAACAUUUUUCUCGAAAUUUUACAGUAAUUUGAUUGUAGCAGUUUCCCCACUGUGGGGGUAAAAGCUACAGACAUUGGGCGAAUUACGAGUAAACACGCAAAAGUGACCGUCUCGCAAAGAAGCCCUCAGACUCCGGGGCGAGAUCGCCAUCGAACGGUCACUUCUAAUGAUAUGAACAACAGCACGAUGAACCAUGUAAAUGACAAGAGUGAAAAGCACACUGAUCAUGAACAAAUGGAAACAGACCAGAUUAAGGAGGAUAGUCAAAAUGGAAGCGACUCAGUUAAUAAUGCUGUCAAUGGCAACAUGGAAGAGGCGGGCGCGACCAAUCAAGAAGAGGACAUGGAAGAUGAUGAAAGUAGAGCGGAGGCAACAUUCCGCUAUACAGUUGAGAACAUUAGUAAAUUAAAAGAUACGUCUCUCAGUCCAUCUUGUAUGGUUCGUAAUUUACCAUGGAAAAUUAUGGCUAUGGUGCGUUUUAACCAGAAUGCUGAACGACAGAAAAGUUUAGGAUUUUUUCUUCAAUGUAAUGCAGAGGCUGAAUCCACGUCAUGGUCUUGUCAUGCUGUAGCAGAAUUGAAGAUAAUCAACCAAAAAAAUGAAGCUGAAUCUUUCUCAAGAAGAAUUCAGCACUUAUUUUAUUGUAAAGAAAAUGAUUGGGGUUUUAGCCAUUUUUUAGCCUGGAGUGAUAUGUUAGAUCCAGAAAAAGGUUAUAUAAAAGAUGAUAAAAUUAUUUUAGAAGUUCAUGUCGUAGCUGAUGCUCCACAUGGUGUCAGCUGGGAUUCUAAGAAACAUACUGGUUUUGUUGGAUUAAGGAAUCAAGGUGCUACGUGUUAUAUGAAUUCAUUAUUACAAACUUUAUUCUUCACUAAUAAAUUGAGACAGGCUGUGUAUCUAAUGCCAACGGAAGGUGAUGAUUGUACAAAGAGUGUAGCAUUGGCAUUACAAAGGGUAUUUUAUGAACUACAAUUCAGUGAUAAACCAGUAGGAACUAAAAAAUUAACAAGGUCAUUCGGUUGGGAGACCUUGGAUUCAUUUAUGCAACAUGAUGUUCAAGAGUUGUGUCGAGUGUUGCUGGACAACAUAGAAAUUAAAAUGAAAGGAACGUGUGUAGGAGGGACGAUACCUAAAUUAUUUGAAGGAAAAAUGCUCUCGUACAUCCGAUGUAAACAUGUAAAUUACUGUUCACAGAAAGAAGAAACUUUCUUCGAUAUUCAGUUAAAUAUUAAAAGUAAAAAAAAUGUGAUGGACUCUUUCAAAGAAUAUAUAACUGUAGAAACUUUAGACGGUGAUAAUAAAUAUGAUGCAGGUGAAUACGGCUUACAGGAAGCUGAGAAAGGUGUUGUGUUUAUUAAAUUCCCGCCAGUUUUACAUCUUCAUUUAAUGAGGUUUAUGUAUGACCCAGUUACAGAUACCAACAUCAAGAUUAAUGACAGAUUUGAAUUUCCUGAAAGAUUACAUUUAGAUGAGUAUUUACAGAAGAAAGAAGACACGCCUGCUACGUAUAUAUUGCAUGGAGUAUUAGUACAUAGUGGUGAUAAUCACGGUGGCCAUUAUGUUGUAUAUAUUAAUCCUAAAGGAGAUGGCAAGUGGUGUAAAUUUGACGAUGAUGUUGUAUCUAAAUGUACAAAGACAGAAGCAAUAGAACAUAAUUUUGGUGGUCAAGAUGAUGAUAUGACUGUUAAACAUUGUACUAAUGCUUACAUGUUGGUCUACAUACGAGAAAGUUUCAUCAAUGAAUGCCUUCUACCUAAUGGAGAUUUAGACAUUCCAGAAUCAUUAGAAAUCAGAUUAGCUGAAGAAAGACGAUUAGAUGCACAGAAACGGAAAGAGAGAACAGAAGCUUAUUUAUAUAUGAAUGUACAAGUUCUUCUUGAAGAUCACUUCUACGGUCAUCAAGGCAAUGAUCUGUUUGAUCCAGAGAAAGUAAAUUAUAGAAUAUUUAAAGUUAAGAAAUCUUUCUCAGUUAUGGAAUUCAUGGAGAUGUUAUCUGAAAACCUGAAUUUCCCAAUUAAUCAGAUACGGUUGUGGCCAUUUCAAUCUCGUCAGAAUCAAACGUUUCGACCAACAAUGCUCGAUAUGGAGGUGGAUCUCAAUAAAAAUAUAAUGGAAGCAGCAGAGAAUGACAGUCCAUGGUCGGUAUUUGUAGAAACAUUAAGUCCGGAAAGUGGUUUAAAAGAAUUACAACCAUUUGAUAAAGACAGUGAUGUGUUAAUAUUUUUAAAGAUGUAUGAUCCUAGAACUAAAUCAUUAUCGUAUUGUGGUCAUAUUUAUGUGCCAAUAUCUGCUAAAGUAGUGGAAUUAGAGCCAGAGUUAAAUCGAAGGGCUGGGUUUGCACCAGGAACUCCACUUCUUAUAUUUGAGGAAGUGAAACCUAAUUUAAUGGAGAAACUGGUUGAUCUAAGUCUACCUAUAGAGAAAUUAUUAGAUGAAUUAAUGGAUGGUGAUAUACUUGUUUACCAGAGAAAUGAUCUAGACUUAGAAUCCUUCGAAUUACCUACCGCUAAAGAUUACUUCAAAGAUCUAUAUUAUCGAGUUGAAGUUACUUUCUGUGAUAAAACACAACCAAAUGAUACAGGUUUCACCCUGGAACUAUCUCAACGUAUGUUAUACGAUCAGAUGGCCCAAGCUGUAGCUGCUCAUAUUGGUACAGAUCCAUAUCUAUUACAGUUUUUUAAAUGUCAAAGUUAUAGAGAUAUUCCCGGUAAUGCAGUACGAUGUACGUAUGAAGGUUCAUUAAAAGAUUUACUACUAUACACAAAACCACGGCAGCCCAAAAAAAUAUUUUAUCAGCAGUUAAGUAUAAAGAUAAAUGAAUUAGAAAAUAAAAGACAGUUUAAGUGUACUUGGGUGAAUAGUAAAUUAAAAGAGGAGCAAGAGUUGGUGUUAUAUCCAAACAAAAAUGGUCGAGUUAGUGAUUUAUUAGAGGAAGCAAAGAAACAGGUAGAAUUGUCCAAAGAACAUGGCUCAGGGAAACUAAGAUUAUUAGAUAUUAUAAGUUACAAAAUAUUGGCUGUACAGAAAGAGGAUGUAGCAUUAGAAAGUUUUAACCCAGCAGGAACUAAAACAUAUCGUAUUGAAGAAAUCCCUAAAGAUGAAGAUAAUUUAUCGGAUGAUGAACUUCUUAUACCAGUAGCUCAUUUUCAAAAGGAAAUUUACUCAACGUUUGGAAUACCUUUCUUAUUGAAAAUAAAAAAUAAUGAACCAUUCACAGCAGUUAAAGAAAGAAUACAGAAGAAAUUAGAUGUACCAGAAAAAGAAUUUGAAAAGUAUAAGUUUGCUAUUGUAAUGCUGGGUAAACAAGACUAUUUACCAGAAGAUGAAUCAGAUCUCCGGGUUAAUCUUAGUCAAUUUAAACCCCAUACUAUGCCAGGAGGUGGCAUGCAGGCCCGUCCAUGGUUGGGUUUAGAUCACGUUAAUAAAAUGCCUAAACGAACUCGCUACAAUUACCAGGAAAAGGCCAUCAAAAUCCACAAUUGAAAAUUAUCGACCAAUAAUAUUAUAAGUGCUCUCUUUGCGUUUUACUUUGAAUUGCUGCUGUUCACAUUUAAUUUUAAAAAAUAAAACAAAAGAUACCCGUCAAUCAUCUCCUGGUUACUGUGACUAAUAAUAAACCAAUCGGUGAAAAGCUAGAUAAGGUCGAGCAACCAAUUAUCAAGCACCACCAGAACGCAGCAAAUCCUACCUAAGAGAAUGACUUUAAACAACACCUGCCAUCAACACUGUUAUUCUUCACAGGUUCUCGUCAGUUCUGAAGCAUUUAAUAUAUCACACGUAUUUGAAUAAUUCUAAACGUUUUUGAUCAAUUGAGAGACGACCAAUCAACUGUUGUUUGAGUAAUUUUAAACUUUUUUCAUCAAUUGAGAAACAGCCAAUCAAUCAACUUGUGUUGUGUGAUAAUGAUAUUAUUUAGAAGUUGGUAUCAAGACAUUUGAUUGAUCUAUAUUUAACGGCUGGCCAACUCCUAGUAAACCAAUAUAACGUGUACCUACCACAUAAGUGAGUUUCUAUGGUUAAAAUUGUGCAGAUGUUUAUAAUGUGACUUUUAUGUUUACGGUGCAUGAAAACUGGCAUUCUGUAUGUUAUGUUUAUAUUUAAGUGUUCUGUCAUUAUCGACAGUUUUUAUUGUACAAAAAAAAAAGAAUAAAAUAACUGUGUAUUCCACCAUCACUAGAUGGAUCUUAUUUUGUCUCUUUUAACAGACAAAGUGAGUUUAUCCAACAGAGGUUGGUUACUUUAAGACGCUGGACCUCUUUGAUUUAGUUCAAAAUAAAAAGUUAAAUUCAA